AUGCCCCCAACACCCGCAGAACUAGAAAAAAUUCACGAAUUAAGAGCGCUAGUAAAAGAUAGGAUAACCCCCUACUACGAUACAGACUUCAACCUCCUCCGAUGGCUUCAAGGCCACAAUUUCAACAUCGAUCUUCUCAAGCCAAAACUCGAGAAUCACUUAUUUUUGCGGAAAUGGGAUUGGGAUCUGGAUAAUAUGGUGGCUUCUGAGGCGCCGGACCCUAUUCAGGAUCAUUGGCGGAAUGCCAUCCCUGGCGAGAGCGGGGUGAUCAAGAAUGUGAUUGUUAAUUUGGAGCAGACGGGGAAGAACGAUUGGUGGGGGAUGUUGGCCACGCAUCCCAUGAAUGCUAUUUUGAAGUCGCGGGUGAAGGAUCUCGAGGUGAUGCUCGCAAAGGUUAUGGCGCUCGAAGCAAAAACUGGCGAACAAGCCCACAUCAUGUACAUAAUGGACCUUGGAGGGCUGGCCUGGGAUCGAAAAUUGCCAGGACUACUGACGGGCCCUCUCUCCGCGCUGAGCGCAUUUAUGGCCGAUCAUUACGUGGAGCUUGUACACUCUUUCGUCUUGGUGAACGUGCCGACAUUUAUCUCGGCAGUGUGGACUAUCGCAAAUCCGUUAUUGCCAGAGCGGACGAGGAAAAAGGUCGUGAUAUUGGGCGGGAAUUGGAAGAGCGAGAUUCAAAAAUAUGCCGACCCAAAUGUGCUUCCUAGUUUUUGGAAUGAGCCAGGGGAGAGUGACCCCUUCAAGUUCGAACUUCCCCGGUCUGUCCUCUACCCGCCAGAAAAAUACUACAAGGAUCAGCCACCCGCCGAAAGUCAAGUUCUCACAAUUCCUGCUGGAAAAACGGACAUAGUAGAUAUUUACGUCGACGAGGACGAAGACCUAAAAUGGGAAAUUCACACCGACGGCACGUUUACUAUGGGUCUCUAUUAUGUUGAAGAUCCAAGAUCAGACUCGAUUGAGGGAUUGGAACCUGUCAUGCCACACUUUGCGAAAGUGCCCGGCCCUACGAUUUGUCCGCUGCGGGAACAAAUGGAAUGCAAGAUUCCUGGCAUCUACAGAUUUCACUUCAGCAACGAAUUAGCCUGGUUUUACCCGCUGAAGAUCACGCAUUUUAUUCAGAAAAUCAGGAGAAAGUUG